AUGCCAAAUUUGAGUUUGCUAAAUGCUGGAUUUUCAGCAAUCUUCGCUGGCCUCCCUUCGAAUGACAUACGCAAACUGUUCGAAGCAAGUUACGCCAUGGCACCUCAGCCAGCUCUGAUGGCUCCUAAAAGUCACGAUCAAAGUCUUGAUAUUCUAGCGGAGUGGAUGCCUUGUGAUAAGUGGACGUUUCUCGACUCUAGCGGGCUUGAUCCCCAGUACGAUUAUGAUUUCACUAAUGUCGAAGAUGACGGUAAGAAAUACAUGAGAGGAGGGCAUCAAUAUUACCGACCGUACGGUUGGAAUAGAAUAGCCUUAAAAGUUCAUGGCAAAUACACUGGAGGUGACGAAUGGCUCGGUCCAAACGGCAUACGCACUGAAGAGGCCCCAAACGAAUGGGCAGUUUCGUAUCACGGCACGAAGGCCGAACACGCCGUCAGCAUAAUCAAACAAGGGUUGAAACCUGGUCCCAGAGAAAUGUUCGGUCCAGGUAUCUACAGCAGCCCUUGUCCAAAAAUGGUUGAGUGGUAUUAUGCACAGGAAUUCAGAUAUGAGGGAAAAGUCUACAAAAUUGCCUUCCAGAAUCGUGUCAAUCCCGAUAGUGUCCAAAUCAUCCCUGCUUCAAAAACACCUGUUGGAGCGGAAUACUGGAUCACACAGAAAGGCGACAUCCGUCCUUACGCUGUGAUUCUUAAAGAAAUUGUAUAA